ACUCAACCUUUUCUCUUUCUGCCAAACAAACACUCACAUUAGUUACAGUUAAUCUAACCGUUUGGUUCGUUGAGGAAAUGGCGAUUUGGCACCGAAUCGGAAAAUCUAAGCUGCAACUCGCAUGCACCCAAUUCCGUAGAUGUUACAUUCACAUUCCGAAUGCAUCUUCCUUGAAUUCCACCCCUAAACCUCGCCACAUGGAGGUGCCACAUCCGAAUUCGGUUUUUCAUGGAAUGCCCACAAGUGUUUGCAAUAGCGUGAGGUUUUUUGCUGCUCCCGUUCAAUUUCAGGUAAAGCCCAAGAAGGAAGAGGACCUCACCAAUGGGCCACGGUUGAAUGACAAAAUCAAAGCUCAAUAUGUCAGGCUUGUGACGGAUGAUGGGCAUACAAUAUUGUCAAGGUUCGAAGCAUUGGAACGUGCCAGGAAGCUUAAACUUGAUUUAGUUGAGGUUCAGAGUACUUCUAAUCCACCCGUUUGUAAAAUUAUGGACUAUGACAAGGAAAUGUACCAGCGACGAAUGAAGGAAAAGGAGCGUGCUAAAAGCAAGUCUAAGAUGACAUUGCGAAAUGAAUGCAAGGAAGUGCGAUUUUCUGAAAAAACUGAAUUAAAAGACCUGAAGACGAAAGCAGAUAUGGUUAAAAAGUUAAUGGAGAAGGGUUAUCGGGUUAAGUGCAGGGCAACAGGCAAUGAAAAUCAGGACACAACAGGUUUAUUAGAUCGUCUGUUUGCUCUGAUAGAAGAUGUCGGUGUAGUGGAAAGUGGACCAACUAUGGCAAAAAAAGACACAUAUGCAUAUAUGAUAGUCAGACAUGUUAGAUUUGGGGCAUUUAAGAAAGGCGGGAAAAAAUCCGAAAAUGCAGCAGACACGGCUGUUAAGGGUCAGGAGGGUAAUAUGGAACCAUUAACAGCCAAUUCUAGUGACUCUAUGGAAUAUGAGAAUCAUAGUUCUGCUGAAUCUGGUUUUGAAACUGAGGAGGAGGUGCCUUUUGAUGGUGACAAGCAUAUUUCUCCCUCAGUGUCUCGAACCGUGUCCGAAAAUAGGUAUAGACGAGCUGAUCAUCCGGGUGAGAACAAGGUUCCAUAUAAUGCACAAAUGUCUCCUGCUGUAGCUGAGAAUAGGUACAAAAGAGCAGAGCCAAGAAACAGAUUCCAACAAACCACAUUAAAUAAUACAGGCCCCUAUGGCAAUAACAAUGGUCCAGGAAUAAGAGAUGCACCCCGGUCUAUACCCUCAAAUUUAAAUCAGAUGAGGCAUGUUCCAGUAGAUACUAAUGUUAAUCCCAGAAUAGAAAAUACCAAGCAAUCUAUUACUCCUGGAUCAAGAAACGCAAUGCCUUCUUCCCAUGAGGAUAUCCCCAAGCAUGGCCUAUCACAUCCUAGUGCUCCCAAUACUUCAAGACCUGGUUAUGGCAUUUUUAGUGUCCCCAAAGGACCCGAGACACAAGCAGGGAUGCAUAGGAACAGAGAAGGCAACUCUCAGUAGAGAAGGGAUGUUGGAAACUCAUGCAUACAAUAUAUAGGAGGUUUGUAUCAAAGUCAAAUGCCAACUAUAUUACAAGGACAAAUGUGGUCCAAUGAGAGACACUAUCCUCUUUAGAAACAAGGAUGAAGCAAUGGGUGAUUGAAACCCUUCACCCCACAGGCUUAUUUAGUUAGCUGAGUUUUGAUGGGUUUUGCAUCAUCUAAUGUUCCUAGUUUUGAUGCACGAUGUAUCUGUUUUUCUUCUCCCUGAGCACGAUCUGGUUCUAGUGCUCUUUGAUUUCCCAACUCAGAUUUUAGCAAUAAUGUCAACUUUGUAUGGGAUAGUAAUCACAUAUUAUUAUGG